CACAACACCAAAGCACGCUGCUUCGCGCAUCUCCACUUGCUUGCUCUUGUGCUUCUGCUUGCUGUUCCGCCCGACUGACACCAAAAGCAAACGACAAGAAUGGUUGACGCUGCGACAAAGAAGACCCUUGCCUCCAUCCCGCUGAUGCGGGUCAAGGCUGGCCCUCGUUCUGGUGACGCGUGGCGAGCUCGCCUCAAGGAGGAAUACGUCGCCCUCAUCAAGUAUGUGAAAACCAACAAGGACAACGACAACGACUGGUUUCGACUCGAGUCAAACAAGGAAGGCACACGGUGGUUUGGCAAGUGCUGGACUGUUGUGGACCUCAUGAAGUAUGAGUUUGACAUCGAGUUUGACAUUCCCGUUACAUACCCGACCACUGCGCCAGAAAUUGCCCUGCCCGAGCUGGAUGGAAAGACCGCCAAGAUGUACAGGGGCGGCCGGAUCUGCUUGACAGACCACUUCAAGCCGUUGUGGGCGCGCAACGUGCCGCACUUUGGCAUCGCACAUGCCAUGGCACUCGGGCUUGCGCCGUGGCUGGCGGUUGAGAUUCCUGAUCUUGUUCGUAAGGGCAUCAUCCACCACAAGGAGAAGCAGGGCGCAACCACGGACAAGGAUGACGAGAAGAAGGAAGAGUAGUGAUGUGAUGUGUCCACCUCACCAGCUGUAUGUUACAUUACGCAACGAAUCGUGUCAUGUGUUGUGCGUGCGUGUGUGUAUGUGUGAGUGUGUAUGUGUGUGGUGUGAAUGAAAGUGUGUGUAAACCAUUGUUGGUUUGGUUCCUCACCAUUCACAAAUGGCAGUGACACUGUAUUGGAGUCAUGUGAACGCCAUCACCCAACAAAGACCCACCGUUCCGAGCAAAGCUAACACAUGGUACGCAACAAACA